UGUCCUGCCCGAAACCUGCGUCGUAAGAGCGGAAGUACGGCCGGAAGCCGGCCACGGAGCUGAGUGGCCGGGGCGACUCUGCCGGGAGGUGGCAGGAAAGGCUCGGAAUAGCUGCCGGAGGUGACGGAGCAGCGGCCCCGCCCGGUGCGCUGGAAGACGAAGCGUCCAGGCCGCGGCCCGCAGAAUCUGACUCAGGCUCCAGCCAUCCUGAGCCCAGGUCCCUCCAGAUCAGUGAAGCCAUGAGUGCAGAGGUGAAGUUGACAGGGCAGAACCAGGAGCAAUUUCUGCUCCUGGCGAAGUCGGCCAAGGGCGCAGCACUGGCCACACUCAUCCACCAGGUGCUGGAGGCCCCUGGUGUCUACGUGUUUGGGGAACUGCUGGAUAUGCCCAAUGUUAGAGAGCUGGCUGAGAGCGACUUCGCUUCCACGUUCCGGCUGCUCACAGUGUUUGCGUACGGGACAUAUGCUGACUACUUAGCUGAAGCUCGGAAUCUUCCCCCACUCACGGAGGCCCAGAAAAAUAAGCUUCGACAUCUGUCAGUUGUCACCCUGGCUGCCAAAGUCAAGUGCAUCCCAUAUGCAGUGUUGCUGGAGGCCCUGGCCCUGCGUAAUGUGCGGCAGCUGGAAGAUCUUGUGAUAGAGGCCGUGUAUGCCGACGUGCUUCGCGGCUCCCUGGACCAGCGCAAUCAGCGGCUGGAGGUGGACUACAGCAUUGGGCGGGACAUCCAGCGCCAGGACCUCAGUGCCAUUGCUCGAACCCUGCAGGAAUGGUGUGUGGGCUGUGAGGUUGUGCUGUCAGGCAUUGAGGAGCAAGUGAGCCGUGCCAACCAGCACAAGGAGCAGCAGCUGGGCCUGAAGCAGCAGAUUGAGAGUGAGGUUGCCAACCUUAAAAAAACCAUUAAAGUUACAACGGCAGCAGCAGCUGCGGCCACGUCUCAGGACCCUGAGCAACACCUGACUGAACUGAGGGAACCAGCUGCUGGCACUAACCAGCGCCAGCCCAGCAAGAAAGCCUCAAAGGGCAAGGGGCUCCGAGGGAGUGCCAAGAUUUGGUCCAAGUCGAAUUGAAGGGACUGUCGUUUCUUCCCUGGGGAUUUGGGGUCCCAGCUGUCUGCCUGCCCCUUAGGAGUCCUCAGAGAGCCUUCCUGUGCCCCUGGCCAGCUGAUAAUCCUAGGUUCAUGAUCCUUCACCUCCCCCAUCCCCAAGCAUAGAUCACACCUUCUUUAGGGAGGAGGCAAGCACAGGUCAUGUUUUUGUUGGUACUUUUUGUUUUAUGUGGCUUUCUUACGUGUUCCACUGCUCCUCCUCUCUGCCAUGCUUUCUCCCCCAUUUCUUUAAGAGCUCAGCAUCUGUCCCUGUACAUUACAUCUGUCAUUGAGUAGGUGGGUAGUCCUGAUGGAGGUUACUCUGUCUCCCGCAUAACCUAUGGGUUUUCCUUCUCCUACUGCUUGUCUCUGCAUGCAUAAUCCACAUUUCCUGCUUCCUACCCCCCACCUUUUGUGUGGCGUCUAAAGAGCCAUAGGGUCCCAACCUUUAUUCCCACCCUGAGAGUUAUAAGAGCCAGUCUGCCAUUCUAGGAGUCACUGGACACUUUCAUCCUAGAAUCCUGUCACACUAUAGCUGUUUUCUUUCCUCUCUCUUCCCCUUGGGUUCUGGGAAUGCUGCUCCUUCAAUGACCCCAGAGCCUAAGAAGGGAAACUAUUUCUUAGAUGUUGAGAGAUGGUUCUUUCUUGGCCUUGACCAUCUUUGGAAGCCUGAAGGCAAUCCUGGAAGGAUUUAUAUCUCCUUUUGUGAGUUUGGUAGGGAAGGG